AUGGUGAAAGUCGAUGUAACGCAGAGUGAUGAACUGAUGAACCUCAGCAGGACCAACAGGAAGACAGAGACCAAAGACGCCAGUGUUUUGUCAGUAAUGAUUCUGGAGACCUUUGCAAACCAAGACCUGCCUGUGAUCCAGUGUGUCUUAAUCAGUCACAAGAACAAUGGCUCGUCCUCGGCAACGUCACCAGCCUAUAUCAUGGUACCGGGGUCCCCGGAAGACCUCGGCUGCACACCGAGGCGUCAGACUAAAGGGGUGGUGUACGAAGCUGCUGCUGUGGAAGUGGCCGAGUCUGCGUCCAUCACACUGCAAGUACUGAUCACCACCCCAGGGGACAUUUCUUGCCUCUGGGUCUUUAAGCACAGCUCCCUGGGCUGCCAGCCACACUUUGAUUUACAAAACAGAGGACUCGUUUCCAUGGUCAUCGUGAACCUGACGGAGACCCAGGCUGGAGAGUACCUCCUCCACAUCCAGAGUGCCGCGGCCAACUACACAGUACUGUUCACAGUGAGCAUGCGAAACACACAGCUGUACGUACUGAGAAGACCUUACUUUAGGAAGAUGGAAAACCAGGAUGCUCUGGUCUGUGUAUCCGAGAGCCUUCCGGAGCCUACUGUGGAGUGGGUGUUCUGCAACUCCCACGGGGAAAGCUGUAAAGAAGAAAGCGCGGCUGUUGUCAGGAAGAAGGAAAAAGUGCUGCACGAGUUAUUCGGAACAGACAUCAGAUGCUGUGCGAGGAACGAACUGGGCCUGGAGUGCACCCAACUGUUCACCAUAGAUCUGAAUCAGACUCCUCAGGCCACACUGCCCCAGUUAUUCCUGAAAGUGGGGGAACCCUUGUGGAUCAGGUGCAAGGCCACCCAUGUGAACCACGGAUUCGGACUCACCUGGGAGCUAGAGAACAAAGCCCUCCAGGAGGGCAGCUACUUUGAGAUGAGCACUUACUCCAGGAACAGAACCAUGACCCGGAUUCUCCUGGCUUUUGUGUCCUCUGUGGGAAGAAACAACACUGGAUAUUACACCUGUUCUUCCUCCAAACAUCGCAGCCAGUCAGCGUUGGUGACCAUCCUAGAAAAGGGGUUCAUAAAUGCUACCAGCUCCCGAGAAGAGUAUGACAUCGACCCGUACGAGAAGUUCUGUUUCUCAGUCAGGUUCAAAGCAUACCCGCGGAUCCGGUGUGCGUGGGCGUUCUCUCAAGCAUCCUUUCCUUGUGAGCAAAUCGGUCUGGAGGAUGGGUACAGUAUAUCUAAAUUCUGCGAUCAUAAGAACAAGCCAGGAGAGUACAUAUUCCACGCAGAAAACGAUGAUGCUCAGUUCACCAAAAUGUUCACGCUGAAUAUAAGAAAGAAACCCCAAGUGCUAGCAAAGACCUCGGGCAUCCAGGCAUCCUGCUCCUCUGACGGAUACCCACUACCCUCCUGGACCUGGAAGAAAUGCUCGGACGAGUCUCCCAACUGCACUGAGGAAAUCCCAGAAGGAGUUUGGAAUAAAAUGGCUAACAGAAAAGUGUUUGGACAGUGGGUGUCAAGCAGCACUCUAAACAUGAGUGAGGCUGGGAAGGGGCUCCUGGUCAAAUGCUGUGCAUACAAUUCUGUGGGCACGUCCUGUGAAACCAUCCUUCUAAGGUCACCAGCCUCUCUUGCAGGUCCCUUUCCUUUCAUCCCAGACAACAUCUCCUUCUACGCUACCUUUGGGCUCUGUCUUCCCUUCAUUGUCGUCCUAAGUGUCCUGAUCUGUCACAAGUACAAAAAGCAAUUUAGGUACGAAAGCCAGCUGCAGAUGGUUCAGGUGACCGGUCCCCUGGAGAAUGAGUACUUCUACGUUGACUUCAGGGACUACGAAUAUGACCUCAAGUGGGAGUUUCCAAGAGAAAACUUGGAGUUCGGGAAGGUCCUGGGGUCUGGCGCCUUUGGGAGAGUGGUGAAUGCCACAGCCUAUGGGAUUAGUAAAACGGGAGUCUCCAUUCAGGUGGCGGUGAAAAUGCUCAAAGAGAAAGCUGACAGCAGCGAAAAAGAAGCGCUCAUGUCGGAGCUCAAAAUGAUGACCCGCCUGGGGCACCAUGACAACAUCGUGAACCUGCUGGGGGCAUGCACACUCUCAGGGCCAGUGUACUUGAUUUUUGAGUAUUGUUGCUAUGGCGACCUCCUCAACUAUCUAAGAAGCAAAAGAGAGAAGUUUCACAGGACGUGGACAGAGAUUUUUAAGGAGCAUAAUUUCAGUUUUUACCCCACUUUCCAGUCACAGUCAAAUUCCAGUAUGCCUGGUUCACGAGAAGUUCAGAUGCACCCGGCCUUGGAUCGUGUCUCAGGGUUCAAUGGGAAUUCAACUCAUUCUGAAGAUGAAAUUGAGUAUGAAAACCAAAAGAGGCUGGAAGAAGAAGAAGAUUUGAACGUGCUGACAUUUGAGGACCUUUUAUGCUUUGCGUAUCAAGUGGCCAAAGGCAUGGAGUUCCUGGAAUUUAAGUCGUGUGUUCACAGAGACCUGGCAGCCAGGAAUGUGCUGGUCACCCACGGGAAGAUGGUGAAGAUCUGUGACUUUGGACUGGCCCGGGACAUCCUGAGUGACUCCAGCUACGUCGUCAGGGGCAACGCGCGGCUGCCUGUAAAGUGGAUGGCUCCCGAGAGCUUGUUUGAAGGGACCUACACAAUUAAAAGCGACGUCUGGUCCUUCGGAAUCCUUCUCUGGGAGAUAUUUUCCCUAGGUGUGAACCCUUACCCUGGCAUUCCUGUCGACGCUAACUUCUACAAACUGAUUCAGAGCGGAUUUAAAAUGGAUCAGCCAUUCUAUGCUACAGACGAAAUAUACUUCAUAAUGCAAUCCUGCUGGGCCUCGGACUCAAGGAAGCGGCCAUCCUUCCCCAAUCUGACUUCAUUUUUAGGAUGUCAGCUGACAGAAGCUGAGGAAGCGGUACGUAUAAAUUGGCGGUGCGCUUCCCCCGAGAACGAGCUGCGCGAGGGGCCCUGA